AUGUACAACGAGUAUGUAAAAAUACAUUUCAAUUCACACUCACCCAACGGACCUGGUUCCAUUAAAAAAAAGCAGCCCCCAGACGGACCAUCUGACCAUGGACCCAUCCAAAAUAUGCGUGGAUGCUGUGGGAGAGUUCUGGAUGGAGACCUCGACGGAGGCAACAACUCGUCAUCGUUAAUAUCAGUGAGACUGAGGGCAGUGGCUGCCCACGCCCGCGUUAUGAUUUUGUGGCCAUUUUAUAACUAA